GGCCGCAGUUCAUGUCCUCCAACGCCCCGACGCUGCUGCCCAAGCUCGCCGCCAAUGUGUCCCUUGGCGAUAUCCAGCAGACUAUCGAGGCACUCAACAAGAUCGGCGACGUCGACGGAGCCAAGGGCUACCAGAGGGUGCUGGAGCAAAGGAAGGCUCAGGCGGCCAGCGCCGCCCAGGAGCCGACACUCCAGCAGCAAGUUUCCAACGCCUUCAACUCAGUCCGCAGUUUGGAGGCGAAGCUUUCCAAAGCGGUUUCACAUCAUCAGCGACUUCAAGAGCAGCUUCAGUCACAGCUCGACUGGGUGCAGAAGGUCGCUGGAGAGUUGGGCGCUGCGGAGACGGAGCAUGCAAGGUUGGUUCGCAUUCUCAAUGAGAAAACGGGUGGAUCUGCUCCACCACCGUCGGUCAUCAGCAUCGACGACAUUACUUCUGGAGCUGUCACGGAGUUACUUAUUUCUUUGGGAUCGCUGGCUGGAGAUCUUUCAGACGAGUAUGAGGUUGACGAGGUCACCCAGAAGGAGGCCAAGCAGCGUUUGGAGCACCUUCAGUCGGAGAUUCGCGCAGCGGUUGUCAAUCUCUUCGGCGAAGCGUCGGACAAGGUCAAG